AUGGCCAAGUCCAAAAUCCACGCCAUGCACAACCAGUCCCGAAAAUGGCACAGAAACAGCAUCAAGGAACCCCGGUCACAAAGAUAUGACCCUCUCGAGGGGGUGGACCCCAAGUUCCCGAGGAACAUGCACCACGAAGGCUAUCAAGGCUCGUGUGCAGCCCAGAGGGUCAGACCCAAGUUCCCACGGGGUUUCAACCACAAGUGCAAUCGACUCGCCUACAUUGCCCACGCCAAGCUCGGGAGAUGUGCUCAUGCCUGCAUCACCGCGGGUCUCAGGCUCUGCCAGCGAGGUCCAAGAGCAAGGCUCAAACUGUGGUCCAGGCUGUGUUUCUGGCUCCGGCUCCCAAAGCCGCCCAGCUCCUCAGGAAGGCUCUAG